AUGUCUAUGCCUCAUUCUACCGCAAACUGGCACUGGAAGACGAAAUAUGUUGGUCCCUGGGCUAAAGAAUGGUUCAGCAAAGAGCUCGCUGGCGCGUCUAGCGAGCAAGGAGACAGCUCGGUGACCGUCGUUCGAGUCACAGAAGUCGAAGGAGACGUCGAGUUGGGCCAGCGGAAGAGCAAGCUCAUCACCAUCUACGACUGUCGAGUCGUCGUCGAGUGGAAUGCGAGUGGGAAGGACGAUACGAGCAUCAAAGGAACGUGCGUGAUUCCAGAAGUCUCGCACGAGAAUACCCUCGACGGUGUCAGCGACUAUACGUACGAGUAUACAAAAACAACGUCCAAAGGCGACGGAAAGGCGGUUGACGCGCUAUUCGAUCAUGUCCGAAAGGUUCUUCCGACGUUGCUCGAGGCAAAGUUCAAAGCAUUCCCACAAGCACUACUCGAAACUCAUGGAAAAGACCUUACCGUGGUAACGGACGAUACACCAAACGCCAGUGGAACGGCGACACCUGUUCAACCCAAAGCUGCACCUGCGCCUUCGAGUACAAAGACUUCCGGAAAGCAGACUACUGUUUCCGUUGUCAAUACGGCUACAGUCACGGUAUCUGGCCGUUUUAUGGCGAGCGCCGACGAUCUCUAUAGUCUCCUAACAGACGAGAAGAGAAUACCAAUGUGGAGUCGAGCACCAGCACAGUCAAAUCCUUCCCCAGGUGGAGCCUUUUCAUUGUUCUCUGGCGGUGUGACUGGAAAGUAUGUGGAACUCGACCCACCGAAGAAGACGGUCCAGGAGUGGCGACUUACCGGUGGCGGUUGGCCAGAUAAUCACUACGGAACGCUUACUACUACAUUUAAUCAAGAAUCCGAUUCGACAAAUGUCGAAUUCUCUCUUAAAGGGGUACCAAAAGGGAAAGAGGAAGAAGUCGAGCGAGGUUUGGAAGGAUACUAUAUUCGCGGUCUCAAGUCCAUGGGGUACGUCCAGGUGUCUCAUUAUGAACCUUCGUCACCUCUACGCACAUCGAAACCCGUUGCAUCGCAACAAAAGUCCAUCGACUGGAAAGGCUUUGCGGCCUUUGCCAUUGCUGGGCUGGUUCUCGUGGCGAGCAUCCUUCCUGCGUUCAUGGGUGCCGGACGACGCUAG